AUGCCUGAGAUGAUAACCUCAAAGGACGAAAGAUUCAUUUUAGCGCUGUUUCAUGGCUUUCAGGUGGCAUUUCUGGUGGUGCUAUCCGUCUUUGCAAUUCAGUCUCAGGCAGAAGAGGUUUUUAACAUCAUCGUCCCAGGCACCAAUGGCAGCAACGUCCAGGAGACAGUGAGCAUUGACAAUGAGAAGAACACUGCCACCGUCAACAUCCAUGCAGGGUCCUGCUCUUCCACCACCAUUUUUGACUAUAAGCAUGGCUACAUAGCAUCCCGAGUGCUCUCCCGAAGAGCCUGCUACAUCCUCAAGAUGGACCACAAAGCCAUCCCGGCUCUGGACAAACUCCAGCGGUACAUCUACGAGACGCAGACAAUGAGAGUCAUGGACUCCACAGAGUACACCUGGGUCAAGUACAACCCUUUGAAGUCUCUGCUCUUGAAGGCGGAUUGGUUCCUGUUUGGGUCGCCCAUUGAACAUUUGUGCAAGCAUGUCCCCCUGUAUAAGGGGGAGGUGGUUACAAAGUCGCCCGAGGUAGCCACUGGAGCCUGUGCAAAGGUCGGCCUUCUGGGGCUCCUGGGCUUCUCCUUCUGCGCAGGAACUCACGUCUAA